GAGUGAGGUUCCUUCUCACGCAAUUAAGCUGUGAGAAUAAGGCACAGAGGCAGCAGGCACUCAAGUAAUUAAACCCGCACCGCCUGAGAGGGGAGGGGGCGGUUGUUUGAUGCUGAGAGGCUGUGUAAGACUUUCCAGAAAGUUUCAGAGCCGAGUGAUCUGCAGUGAGCUCGUGAGGACACCACCGUAAGCAGGGUUCAUCGCUCGGGCAAUACACAAUGAAUAUCCUUCUUUUUGUGGGUGUUUUGGCGUCUCUCAUUCUUGCCGUGGUCCCUAUGUUCGUCGUUGACCCUGCGCUGGAUGAAAACUGGAAGAGUUGGAUGUCAUUCCAUGGAAAGCAAUAUCCAAAGAAUGUGGAAAGCUGGAGGAGAAUGGUGUGGGAGAAAAACUUCAACAAAAUCGCACUUCAUAACCUCGAGCACUCAAUGGGCAAACACCUGUACAGCAUGGAGCUAAACCAGUUUGGAGACAUGACGAAUGAGGAGUUCAACCAACUUAUGAAUGGAUUUAUCCCAACAAGCCCUGAGAUGAAGCCUCACAAUGAACCAAUGGUUCUCGAGACCAGUCGUGUGAAAAUCCCUCAGAAUGUGGAUUGGCGUCAACAAGGCUACAUCACAGGGGUGAAGAACCAGGGUCACUGUGGCUCCUGCUGGGCUUUCAGUGCGACUGGCUCGCUCGAGGGGCAGAUCAAGAGACGGACAGGGCAUCUGACCUCACUGAGCGAACAGAACCUCGUGGACUGUUCCAGGGGCCGAGGCAACAUGGGAUGUAAAGGUGGGAACAUGAUGGCGGCCUUCGACUAUGUGAGAGACAACGGCGGUAUUGACAGCGAGAUCUUCUACCCCUACAAAGGAAUGGACACUGAAGUCUGCAAAUACAACCUGCACUACAGAGCUGGCAACUGCACUGGGUUCAAAACCAUUCCCACCGGCAAUGAGGCUGCGUUAGCCGUGACCCUAGCCACGGUCGGACCUGUGUCUGUUGGAAUUGACGGCAGUCACUUUUCUUUCCAGUUCUACCGCACAGGGGUUUACCAUGAGACCAGGUGCAGUACCUCGAAGCUGAACCACGCUGUGUUGGUGGUGGGUUACGGAAGCUCUGGGAAAGGAGAAACAGCUCAGAACUACUGGAUCAUUAAAAACAGCUGGGGUGAGCACUGGGGGCAAGCUGGCUACAUGCUCAUGGCCAAGGAUGUGGGUAAUCUCUGUGGUAUCGCCUCAGAUGCUGUUUAUCCACUGAUGUAAAGAUAUUGCCGCCAAAUGGCAGAAGGUCCAACUGUGGACCCAUGGUUGCAAACCACUUCAGCCACCGAUAAUACAAGGAAGCUAUUGCGGUGCAAGUCGGAAAUGUGUAUAUUGCCCAUCAAAUCUGUUCAGUCAGUCUUUUCCUUGCCAGGCUUUCCCAUAGGAACAGAGGAAGGCCAUUCAGCCCCCCGAGCCUGAUCUGCCAUUCUAUUAGAUCAUGGCUGAUCUACACCUCAACUCUAAUAACUUGUCUUUGCUCCCAUCCCAUUCUCUGGGCUUUGGAUUUACAACUUGCCAGCCACAAAUUUCGCAAUCCGAUAUUCGCAAACCGGAAGUCACAAUUAAACCAACAAAUCCCGUUUGUGAAUAUCGCAAGUCAGACCCAGAUGUAUAACCGCCGUUAAGUUAGCAGAGGCCUUUGUGUUGUCAGCCUCGUCCGGUCAGUGUGCAACAAUCCAAACAGGCAAAAAUAUCAUCAUUCAGUCAUUUCGGCCAGAAUACAUAGGCUGCGCUUUGCCUUCAACUAAAUCCGUUUCAAAGCAAUGUUUCUGGCCAACACACAGCAAUCAGUAAAGUUUAUCUCAAAGAAUCUCUAUGAAAAGAUACUGUAAAUAAUCAUUAUGAGUGUUGUGGACUCAGGGGGUGUCUAACACUGGUAUAAAGUAGUCAGUCUGGCUAAAUUCUAAGGCUGUAAAUUACUCAAUAAUUUUUUUCCCAAUAAAUCAUUCCUUGUGUAACUCAA